AUGCGCGGUGGCGGUAAUUGCUGCACCAAAGAAAGCGAACCGGCCGUUGAAAUCCGUCCUCCCGUUGCUCCUCGUUCCGCGUCUCGCGUUAUACCCCUCGACGUAAUCAUUCAAAAAGCAAAUAUGUCCGAGGAUACAUUGAGUCAGGGGUUAGAAAAGAUACAUGCAGCUUUGGAGAAUCAGGGGGCAAUGGGCAUGGGAAAUCGAAGCACAGCAGACUUCGACAUAUUGGUCGAAGAUGGAGAAGCCAGAAAGGCUCGAAGAACCCUUCUUCGACAUGAAGAAUUUGGAAAAACAUCUCUUAAUUCCCUCUACGUAAAAAUCGGCAACAAAUUCUAUAAUGUCGACAUAGUCACGCCCUCGCGUACUCAUCUCUCUUCCUUCCCGACUAGUGUAUAUACUCAACACACUACUUUCGCCGUAAUCGCACCACUCGAUAGUAUGAUAGAAACCAAGAUUGGCGCAUAUCGGGAUCUAGAGCGAAAGAGCUCCAAGCGCUCUACAGACGAGAGUGAUAUAGCAUUUCUUUUGGAGUUGGCUGCUUCAAAAGGAAUGACCUUCGGGUUUGAUGGAGUCCCUGGGCUAGACAAGGACUUCAGCGCAUCAUUUCGUCGGACCAGGCGCGAGUCUGAGAAAAGCCUGGACUCGCUUGGUUGCUCGUUGGAAUAG